GACUUUUUCUUCCCUGCCUACUCCUUGAGCCGGACCUGCCGUGGAGCAAGUCGAAGGUAAGCAACCUUCGACGGACCAUUGGGGAGAACGCUCGUCUGGCAACGGCCAGGACGAGUCUGAACGGGGAGGAGGAAGCCGAAGUUGCGAGAUGAGGCUUCGGGCCAGCUUCAAGGACGCGACCGUCUUUCACCGCAUUAUCCAAACGAUCGCAAAGUUCUCGGGCAAGUGUAUCCUGCGCUUCUCUCCCGAACAGGUCGAAAUCGUCGUGGAGCCAACGCCAGAGAGCGUCGAGAUAUGGGCCAUCCUCGACAGGGUCGAUGCCUUCUUCAGGGUCGAAGAGUCUUCGCGCGAGUACCGCGUCGAGUCCAACCACGACAACCAGAUCAACCUCGAGGUGUCGACGGAGCUCGUCCUGAGGGCACUGCGCUCAGCUGCCAACUCGACAGAUGUGACUAUGAGACUAGCCAAGGACGGCGCCAAUACCAAACUUAGCUUUCAAAUCGUCACCAACUCGUCUGGCGGGGCCAAGACGGACAUCCAUCAGGAUGUCUCGUGCAUUGUCAAGAGAGCAUCGCACAUGGCCAACAUCAGAACAGCUGUCCAAUACCUGGAAGACCAGCAUCCACAUAUCGUCUGCGCCUUUCCCAGGCUGUCUGAGGUCCGUGUAGUGGCAGACCGGAUGCGCACGCUGAGGCCACAGAUGCAGAUUGUCAUCUCAGCCAACUACCUCGGCCAGGUCAAGCUCUCGAUGGUAGACGACGGACUCGAGACCGAGACUGUGUGGAGUGGCCUGACGGUCAGGGAGGACGAAGACGAGCACGCGGCAAUGAGCAGUGAAGACCGGCAGCGCUUUCACGAGGUCCGCGUUGAGAUGAAGACCUUCCUGAAGUUCCUGUCGAGCACCCUGACGGAGCCCAAGGUCGAGCUGUGGAUCUAUCGCAGGGUGUGCGCCCGCUUCGUCAUGCACGUCAUGUCCGGACCGGCCGGCAAGCCGUCAAACUCGCUCCUGGAUGCCGGCCGAAGCGAAGCGAUUGCCCACUUGAUGUUCAAUUUGCCUGGCCUGGGCAGUGACUACGACGAUGAUUGAUCGGGCUCCGCUUGCUCUCCCUCCCUUAUGUACAGUACAACACAGCUGCUCUUGGCAAAGGAGGACAGGAUCGGUCUCUGGUCAGGAGCUUAUACACCCACACGACUACUUCUUCUCUUCUGCUACACUACACUUAGUUUGCUUCUUUACUCUACACUUCACUGCACUACUAGCUGUAUGUCUACCUAAGGUUGCGCGACCCCACCCAGCCAGCGCGCGCCAGAAUUCAAAAAGAGGGCGCGGUCGGCCAAUUUCUCCGACCGAUGACGUUGCGCGUGGCCGGAAACGAUGAAAGAUCGGCCCUUUGGUCUAAGCGCACGUAUCCUUCCUCUUAGUCUACCACC